AUGAUGUCUAGAUACGGACAACAAUGAUUUCUGUUAAGAUAAUAUCAGACAGCAGCUGAUAUUUCCAUUGAAACUGGCAUGGUAAAGUUUGAUAGCGUUCAGAUGAUAAUACAGAUGUAUAGAAAAGGGAUUUUCUCGUACACUUCUGUUGCAACUUUACUAGGACAAUUUUAAGGAAACAUUUAAUAGGAAGAACCCGCGUACUUUUCAAAAGAAUUGAUAUCAGUAUACUUUAGAGGCAUAUAAAAUGGGUUUAUUUCCCAAAUCUUUGCAGUAUUUUGUCUUAGCAUGCAUAUUGAUUGGUGUUUCUUAUCAUUUUGUUACGAUAGGUGUACACAUGUUUGAUAAACAUAACUUCAAUAAUAAUCUAAAAGAAGUAAUGGAACAAUUGAAGAGUAUAAAUGGAUUAAAACAAAUAACCAAAAAUGGAGAUAACGAUAAUCGAUGUGAGUCAUGUUCUAAAACUGUUCCAAAUGUCAUUGUGCAAUAUGGUACUAAACGCACAGCGUCAACGCUUCAGUUCCAAAUACUGUGUUUGAUGAUGGCGUUUCUGCAUGAAGAUGAAAAGGACAAAGUUGGAUGUUUCUUUAACAAUAAAACAGUAAACAAGUACACUGUUAUUAAAACUCACAAUAUUGUAAGGCUACCUAUAUCCAUACCAUCAAAUUCAUGGAUUUUUGUGACUUCAAGCGAUGCAUUGCCGCUUCGAGAAAAGCUUGUAUUUAACUGGAGUAGUCGGAAAAUUAAAGAAAGAAACAUUACGAUUCCGUAUGUUGCUGAUGUGGAUUUGGUCUCAAAACGUGGUCAUUUUAUUGCUUAUGAAUACCAGACUGUCUUUGGAAUGUCAGAUGAAAAUAUGCAGUACAUUAUUGAAUACCUUCGCUAUUGGGAUAUACUUCGAAUAUGUUGUGGAAGACAGAUGUCCAACGACUGGCGAAGUCGCUUACUUUCAAAUGUGAAUAACAGUCACCAUCAUAACCGUCAUAUUCUAACAUACCCUGCAUGUGAAAUGUAUAAUAUAAGUCAAGUUGAGCUUCUUCUUCUGAACACAUAUGCUGUCCAAAAGUUUGGUCAUAUCGCUUCAUUACGUGACGUCAUUGGAAAGCCGUCAAUCAUUGACGGAAAACUGGACGGAGGCUAUUGUGAACGUUGUAACAAAAACAUUAUCAGAAGACGUUUAAAAUUUAAUUACAAAUGCCAUUAGAAGAUAUUUAUAUAUUUUGAAACAUUUUACGCAGAAUCAAAUGAAAUUUGGUCAUGUUUAUCAUUUUUAUCUUUUUCAGCACAUUGUUUUUAUAAGCGUUGGUACGGUUUUAAAGUAUGACGUUAUGGAAAAAGA